CUAGAAGUUGAUUAAAUCCACUAAUUAAUUUCUUUAAAAUCUUUCAUGUUUUUUAAUAAACUCAUUGCUCAACUUAUAAACAUAAACAGAAAAGAACCAAAUUCCAGAAAUAGAAAGAUGUUGCAAUCGAGAUUAAGAGGUGCUGUAACUAGCAAGAACAACUUAGGGGCAAAUUGGACAUUUGCUAUAAGAUUAAUUAGUGAAUAUAGUAAGGCUCCUAAGGGAAAAGAUUCAGAGGAGGCAGAGAAAUUCAAAGCGGCCACCGCACCGCCUCGAACAGCCACCAAUGAACCUGACCCACCAGUCCAACCAAAGUCACCAAUUUCUUCAUCCCAAAAGAUAGGACACACAGAAGUGGGCCACUCAUCAGAGCCCAACACCCAACAAAGGCGUAAAAUGUCAAACCAACCGGCCCAAUCAGAUAACGAAGACGCUCGAAAGGCCCAAAACCGAGCCCAAGAGGAAGACAACAAGAACUACUUCAAAGAUCACAAGGCAUCUCCUUUAUCAGAAGUGGAUUUUGCUGAUACGAGGAAGCCUGUAACGCAGGCGUCGGAUAGUCCGACGUCGUAUUACGGGAGGGAACCCGGAUUGUUCUGUUUACACCCGAGCAGCAGGAUACGGCCGAGGCUUCGUUACUGAGGGCUGUUGAGAUAUGGAAGUGGAAUAAGAUGAGGGGUGAUCCUGAUUCUCCUCAUGGUAGAGUCCUAAGGGAACUUCGUGGUGAAUUUUGGUGAUCAAUUGUGAUAAAUUGGCCAAAUCAUGCUUAAGAUUUAGGGUGAUAUGUAAACAUGCUAGCUAUAACAUGUAGAAGAUGAUAAAUAUGAACACUUAAUUUUAAAGUUAGUAUGCAAUGUCUUUGAUUUGUGUAUGUAAUUAGUAAUGUUUGCUUCCAAACUGUUUCAUGUGAUACAUGACGCAUUUCAUAUUAUUGAGUAUUGUGUAAUUGAAAUA